UGAUCUUGUGCAAGCCGUACGAAUUGCGCCGCACGCCCAGACCAUGUGGCUGCAAGCCUGGGAAGCCGCAUCCGGCGAUCUCCACCUGGGCGUGUGACAUGCUGCGCCCGGCCACAAAGCUCCUGCUCUGGACUUGAAGGAAUGUUUCUAAAUGAAAAACCUCCAGUUCAACGCCACUGCCACUCAGGGACGCUGUCGCUUCCAUCACCACGUCCAAACCAUCUCCUCUUCGUUACUAGUAAAAUCUACAGCCGUCGUCACGGCUACGAGACGCCCAGUUGCGGUUGACAUGACGUGGACACCCGGGCGAGAAAUCAACACGACGGCUUUCCGCAAAGGGGCCGGGGACCGUCGAAGAUAACCUCCCCGUGAGCUCAGUUCAUCGAGUGGACUUCGUUACCGUCUCCAAGUCGCUAUGAGGAGGCGGUGACCAGCUGGGGCUUGAGUGACGGAGGGCAGAAGGGAAGAAUGGGCCGGAGCACAGCGGCCUGCUGUCAUGGCGUUGGCGUCGUCAUUCCCACGGCAGUGCUCUAUGGCUCCUUGGCCCUCUUCACGUCCACCCUUCACAACGUUUUCCUCCUCUACUACGUGGACACCUUUGUGUCCGUCUACAAGAUCGACAAAGUCUCCUUUUGGCUGGGAGAGACAGUGUUCCUGCUGUGGAACAGUUUCAACGAUCCUCUCUUCGGCUGGCUGAGCGAUCGCAGCUUCCUCAGCUCUCCUCAGAAUGGCGACCAGUUGACAUCUCCAGAGGUGGUCCUGAAGCGGCUCCGUGCGCUCUCGUCCAGCGGGCCGCUCUUUGCCUUGUCCUUCUUGGCCUUCUGGGUGGCAUGGGCCCGGCCGGGCCUGCAAUUCCUGCUUUGCCUGUGCCUCUACGACGGUUUCCUGACCAUGGUGGACCUCCACCACAGCGCCCUCAUGGCCGACCUGGCAGUGUCGGCUGCCGACCGCACGCGCCUCAAUUUCCACUGCUCGGUGUUCAGCGCCCUGGGCUCCUUCUCCGUCUUUCUGUCCUAUUCCUUCUGGGACAAGGAAGACUUCUACGCCUUUCGCCUGUUCUGCGUGACUCUCGCCGCCUUCUCCACCUUGGGCUUCUUCCUCGUCUCCCGGUUGCUGCAGCGACGCUUUCAAAAGGAAGUUCGUCCCAUGUUGGAUGAAGCCCACGCGCUCAAAGAGCUCAGUGUUGGCCACGCCCCCUUCACCUCAACAGGGCAACCCGUCACCGUCUGGAAGUACCUCAAGCAACUCUCCAGACACAGGAACUUCAUGUGGUUUGUCUCGAUGAACCUCCUCCAGGUGUUUCACUGCCACUUCAACAACAACUUCUUCCCUCUCUUCCUGGAGCACCUGCUGUCAGACAACAUCUCCGCCUCCACAGGCUCCAUCCUCCUCGGUAUCUCAUACGUGGCGCCGCACCUGAACAACUUGUACUUCCUGACGCUGUGCCAGCGCCACGGUGUCUACCAGGUCAUCCGUUGGCUUUUUCUACUCAAACUGGGACUGAGCGUUGCCAUGCUGCUGGCCGGCGCCGACCGCGUCUUUUUGCUUUGCAUCUUCAUUGCAAGCAACCGAGUGUUCACGGAGGGAACCUGCAAGCUGCUGAAGCUGGUCAUUUCCGACCUGGUGGACGAGGACUUUGUGGUCAACCGGCGGCAGCAGGCGGCGUCGGCGCUGCUCUUCGGCAUGGUCGCCCUGGUCACGAAGCCCGGGCAGACGUUGGCACCGCUCAUUGGCACCUGGCUGCUGUGCGCCUACACCGGAUAUGAUAUUUUCCAAAGGGAACCGGCGGAGGACUCGGCUGUGGAUGUAUUGUCAGGCGCAGGGUUGCCUCCGCUGCGUCUGGGCUGCUUCCACAUGCUGGUGUUUGUUCCCAUCACCUGCGCCCUGCUCCAACUGGCCGCCUGGUCACGCUUCACGCUGCACGGACGCAAGCUGCAGAGCAUCAAGAGCACCAGGCAGGGCGCGCAACAUGGCGGCAUGGUGGACGUUAAGGCCAUUUGACUUGGAUGGAGCCGAGCUGCACACAGACACUUUUAUUUUUGGUUGUCUUUGGAGGCUUUGCCAUGGGGUGGGGGACGGUAGACGAGAAGUUGUUGCGCCCCAGCCUUUGUGCGCAAGGAUUGAAGGGAGAACAGCACAACCACUGAUCCUUUGGGGUACAACCUAAAGUCGUCUUUUAAAUAAAUGACACCUGCGUUAUUUUUUUAACAGAGUAUUAUAUAUAUUUAUACUAUAACAGGUGACCGCAGAAUCAAGAGGACCAAUACAGAAUUACUGCCAAACGUUUGUUUAUGAUGAACAGUCGCAUGGUUUUCAUAUCAGGGGAAGAAUACACAUCUUUGUAUUAGAAUUUAUUUUGUCUUUCAAGAGUACUGCAUGGAAGUUGAAGGAAGUAGAAGGAAGAGUAAUUGUUUACAUACCUCGUUGAAGUGAGUGAACAGAUACUAUUGAUUUUCUUUUUUUUAUUUUGCACAAAACUGCCAUUUUAUCUUGUGAUCCUGUGGGCCAGAUAAGCGCGCACUGCCGCUUAAACAAUUCGACUUAACUGAGUGAUUGGCUUUUUGCCAUUUUACAAGUAUGUGCCAUAACCAAAAACAAUAAAAUGCCACGGCAAAAA